UCUGCUGUAGACGACUUGGGGGGUGGGGGGAGCUGCGGACCGCGUUAAGCUUCUUCUUCCAAAAAUGAAAAACCAACCAUCCCGAAAAAACGAGACCCGAAUAGGCGAAUCCGAAUCCAACUCUCUGAACCCUAAAGCCAGCUUCGUGAUCGUCGGGUUUUCAGGUUGAUCGCCUCGUGUUAACCAGAGAAUUCCAAUUCUUUACUUGGAUACUCCGGUUUCUGCGUUCCCUUACACCCGAAGCUAAUUGUCGAAUAAUCGCGAUUCGCAACCAUCGAUUUCUUCAGGGAUCGGAAACUGAUGGCCACAGCAACAAUGGCCACUGCAGCUGGUGCAGCUGCACUUUUGUAUUAUACAUUAAAUAGGAAGUUACAAUCUGACUCACCAACUGAAGAUGUUGACGAUGAUGAAAAUGGGGAUGAUGGGCAUAGGGGCGAUAGACUAGUAGAUGACAGAAAUGACAGAAUUUCACAUCGACUAAUACAAGCCCCAGCUACAUGGUUAGAGACUAUUUCAACCUUGUCAGAGACUCUGAGAUUUACAUACUCUGAGACGCUGGGUAAGUGGCCCAUUGGGGACUUGGCGUUUGGCAUCAGCUUUCUGUUAAAGAGACAGGGAAAUAUACAUGUUAGCAGUAUAUUUGGCAGUGAAGGUUGUUCACAGCUUAAAGGACCUGAAAUUGCUUCAGAACUUAAACGUCUUUUAACCUUGUUGACACUUUGUUGGCAUUUUUCAAAGAAGCCAUUUCCAUUAUUCUUGGAGGAGACGGGUUAUUCUGAAGAAAGUGUUCUUCUGCAAGAACCGAAAGCUGGGAUUCUGAAGCCAGCUUUUACAAUAUUGGUUGACCACAGUUCAAAAUCUAUCCUCCUAUUAAUUCGUGGAACUCAUAGCGUGAAGGAUACUUUGACUGCUGCUACUGGGGCAGUGGUUCCAUUUCAUCAUACUGUGGUACAUGAGGGAGGGGUAAGAAAUUUGGUUUUAGGUUAUGCACACUGUGGAAUGGUUGCUGCUGCUCGUUGGAUUGCAAAGCUUUCUACUCCUAGUCUUAUAAAUGCACUUGGCAACUAUCCAGAUUACAAACUUAAGAUUGUGGGGCAUUCCUUGGGUGGUGGCACUGCAGCUCUUCUAACUUACGUACUACGUGAACAAAAGGAACUAUCUACAGCAACCUGUGUAACAUUUGCUCCAGCUGCUUGUAUGACAUGGGAAUUGGCGGAAUCUGGAACUGAAUUCAUUACUUCAGUUAUAAAUGGAGCCGAUUUGGUUCCUACCUUUUCAGCUGCAUCUGUAGACGAUUUGCGUGCUGAGGUAACAGCAUCUGCUUGGUUGAAUGAUCUAAGGAACCAAAUUGAGCGCACUAGAAUUCUUAGCACUGUUUAUCGAUCUGCAUCCGCCCUUGGUUCUCGUCUUCCAUCCAUUGCCAGUGCCAGAGCCAGGGUUGCUGGUGCUGGUGCUAUAUUGCGUCCAGUCUCCAGCGGUACUCAGGUUGUUAUGAGGAGAGCCCAAAGCAUGGCACAGGCAGCAUUCUCGCGUCCUGCCCUACGUUUAUCAUGGUCAUGCGUUGGGCCCCGUCGACGAUCAAAUACUUUUAACUCUGAUAAAAGAGAUGAUGACUCAGAAUCUUCCUCAACUCCAAGAGCUUCUGAACCUUUUCUGGUGUCCCCUGAGGAGAUCUCAACUAGCACGGGAAUGGAGCUUCCUGUAUCAUCAUCCAUGGGAAUGCCAUGGGAUUCAGAAAGUGAACAUUCUUCUACACCCGGAAGUAAUCGACACAAUAGCUUGGAUCGUGAUUUCGAGAUAAAUGAAGAUGCCAUGUCUCCUCGAGAACAGCAAGACCACAUGACAGAGGUUCAGAUGUGGCAAAAGCUAGAGCAAGAGCUGUAUGAUGGGGACGGAGAUGAAACAGGUAGUGCGAAGGAGAUAAGGGAAGAAGAAGCAGCAGCCAUUGCUGAGGUAGGCGAGAACUCAAACGAAGACUCUGUUCCAGACACAAAGGAGGUACACAGAUUCUUUCCCCCGGGAAGGAUUAUGCACAUAGUCACGCUUCUGUCUGAUGAGGAGGACAGCAGUGAAAGCGAGAGUAAUUCAUCUGAUGAUGACGAAAUGGAUCAUAGCGGGCUAGAAGAUUCAGAAGUUGGAAUCUUUCUCACCCCAAGAUCAUUGUAUAGCAAAAUAAGGCUGUCCCAGACCAUGAUCAGCGAUCACUUCAUGCCAGUUUAUAGACGGCGAAUAGAGAAGCUGAUUAGAGUACUUGAGGAUGACAACGAGACCACCUGUAAUUCCCCCCCGCAUUAGAGAAACAGCAAAAAAGGAGAUUUCUGAUACGCGAUACUCCACCAAAGAAGCUCUACACAAAGUGUUAUAAGAACGACAGAUUUGUAAGUUUUCGGUUGCAAAUCAAUAUUGGAUGACCUCAAUUGCCUUUGUGUUGGAAACUUUAGGUGUGGUUGGUGAGGCUAACUAACAUGCUGCUUCUAUCUUUGACAAAAAAAAUUUAACAAACUCUAGGUUUCAGGAGGAUCUUUGUAUAUAUACACACAUAGGUUAGACUCUUGAUUCUUUUUGUUGAUUAUACAAUGCUGUAUUCUCAGUAAUUUAUGUUCACUUCAACUGAACAAGGUAUUCAUCAUCUUCAAAUUAGUUGAAUAAACUAGACAAUUUUAAGCCAA